UGUGUCAGGCAGUGUUUCUCUGAGAGCUAGCUGGUAAACAGCGAUCCAGAUGGCUAAAGAGUUUCUCAUUAAUAAAUGGAGGCUAUGGUUUCGGGUUUUGGAUGUAAAAGGCACAGGGCAAUUUUCCAGAGAAGACGAAGCACAAGACGAGGAAAGAUAUGCCCAUCUUAGUCACUUGAAUCCAGAGCAAAAAGCGGAGGUGGUCGAAGCCUUGCGAAGGUUGACGGAUGAAUAUUACUUCCGAGGCAAACAAGGUCCGAUAUCUGAACAAGAUUUUGUCGACAUGAACAACGAAGAUUUCAAAGCCGACAAAGGAAAAUUUGAAGAACGUAUGAAGAAGUGUUUCGAAACAGAGUAUAAGAUCUUUGAUACGAAUGGCGACGGAAUGAUAACCAAGGAUGCGUUUCAAAAGGCGUACUUAGGAUGUGGGCAUGAUAAUCUUGAGCGUAUCAACAAAUUCUUCCAGUCCUAUAAUCCCGUUGACGACAAGGUUCCAGUCAAAACCAUUGCUGAUUCGUGGGUCCUUUUUACAACAAAUGAGGAUAGCUCUGUGAAGGAUGUAGUCAGAGAGGCGUUGGAGGCCGGUCUUUAAAUUCCUACAGUUUUAUGUAAAAUAGUCUGCAUAUUUCAACAAUUGCGACAUUUUACGCAAUUUCUUCUCAUGUAGAUUUAUUACGUAAAUUGUCAAAUAAUAAAAUGGACUACAUGUUGACAGACAAGUUUAGAAAUGCCAAACAUUGCAUUAACCUCUGACAGUUAGUGUUAAAGGUUAUAAGCUUUUUAGCAUUCAAUAUCAGAAUUUUCAGAAUGUAGUAUAUUUACAACUUUGUUGUUUUUUCUUUGUAUUGUUCAUAAUAGUUUGUCGGCUUGUGUUUAUUGAAGAUGGCAGUAAGUCUUACUACUUGACUUAAUAUAUUGUAUACAAAUAAAUCGGUAAAGUAGCAUG